CCGAUCGAUCAGCUCGGAUCAAGAUGCACAUCCGACACAAGUGUACAUGUUUAGCAGUUUCAGGGGUACAACAACUUGGCACCAACAGUCGAAAGAGAAUGUUGUGCCGUUGCCGCCGCCAAGCUGGUAGACUCGUAUCUCACAACCUCCGUCCCUCGGCCGCGCUCCCGUUUCCCGGUCUUCCAUCAUACCCCUCGGCUUCUUCCACAGAUGCUGCCGUCGUUUUGAGGCGUAAUUCGAGCGACGCCCCCUCUUCGACCCACGCAACGGCAAAUCCAUGGAAGCUAGAGACUCACAUUACCGCCGAGGAUGAUCUUCCGGAUCAACUCCUUACGGCAGCCCUUCCCUUCGUUCGGACUCAUGGCUUCUCGGCUGCAACGAUGAUGGCCGGCGUAGCCAGUCGGCCGGAGCUCCAGAGGCUUGCGAUCAGUCGUUGGACGUUGUCCGGCUUGUUCCCCAGUACCACCACCACUUCCACCACCACCAAUUCGAAUGGGAUCGGUCGGGAGACUCAUGCUGCCACAGAACCUAUAGGUCCCUCGAAGGCCUUGGCCGAACGAUGGAUUCAAGAAGGAAACUCGCACAUGAAAACGAGACUCAAGAAUGAACACUUGGGCUUCAAGAAAGACCGGCUUGCUGGCGUGAGACGUGCAUUCGAGAUUCGGCUUGAAUACAAUCGCACGAUCCCCAAGGAACAUUUGCUCAAAGCACUAGCCCUUGUGGUGACACCCAAGCACCCGUUCUUUGGGCUCCCGUUACCCCUCGAAUUGCCCCACUUCUUGCCCUACGGCUCCCAUGCGUUAGCCGUCGCAACCGACGCCUUGGCCGGCUUGAAGGAUUACUCUAAGGCGCGCGAAUGGAUGCUUCGUCGGAUCAGAUUGGCUGGCGUUUAUAGCGCCAUAGAAUUGAUGUCUAUCGGCACCGAUCAGUCCCCCGUCUCACUGUCCAACGAACUCCAAAACCUGCUCGAUGCUUCUGAGUCCCUGGCCACUCACACCGCGAACACGGUCGAGUUCAUUAGCUAUGUCCAUCGGUCCCAGAGGUCGAUUAUCCAAAGCCUCGGAUUGAUAUAGGAGGAUGGGUAUCUUCCGUUUCUCUGCUUGCUCGAUCACUUACUUGCUUGGCCAUAUCUUCCAAUCUUAUUAACUUACUUUCUUAUUAAUGUUGUGAAUCACAUGUGUAAAAUUUGCUUCUCAGAAAUAAAUAUCCCUACAUGAGUU